AUGGAGAUUAUGGAGGAUGGGAAUUUGGUGGAUCGCGUGAGAAUUUUGUUACAGCGCGAUAUGCAAUAUUACCAGGAAAUGCAGACCGUCCUGAGGGAGCCGCUGUGCAUACGCAUCAGCGGCGGAAAACUCGAUUUUCCGCGGCACGCCUCGUUCGCUGCGAUUAAAAUCGUCACGUGGUGGGAAGCGGAUUUCACAGCCGCUUUUAAGCGACCUUCUGGCUUAAGCUCCACCGGGAACGGCAGCGCGUCCAGCGCCGACAGCGAAGACGGUGCCAUUAAGCGCAUCCAACCGUCCGACUUUAUCCUCCUCGUCGUCGACACCGCCGAACAGUUGCUAGAACAUUUGCACAUGUUGAUUCAAGAAUCCUUGGAUCACGCCGAUCUCACCGUGCUCACCGCCACUUUGGGCGCGGCGGCGCUCGUACGAAACUGCUUGUGGUGUUACAAUCAGCACGCGAAGGGAGUAAUUUCCUCACAAUCGAGCGAGAAAAUAAACAAAUUGUACAAGGAGUUUCACGAAAUGGCCGAGGCUGUAGCGGAGAGGCUGCUCGAUCUGCACUGUCGAUUAAUAUCCUUGUACAUUCUUAACGAGGCGGACUCGCUCAGCUGGCAUAGCAAUAAACCAUUCUUCGAGAGAGAACGCUGCUCCUACGUUAUACAAAUGUGGUGGUUGUACAUGCAAGGCACCAAGGCGGAUUUGUGGAACACGGUUUCGCCCAAGAUGGCACAGCGCGUGUUCGCAGGAAUGCUAAACGAGUCACUCUCGAUCAUAACGACGCGAUUCACCCACGGACGACCGACGCUGGCGCGAUCCGAGCAGUUCUGGUCGGACGCCUUUAACGUGCUCUGCUGCACGGGGUAUCUCGCUCUGGCCGCGUGCAUCGACAGCGACGAGAUGAUAGGUGCGCGUCCGAGCAACUUGUCGACAGCUGUACGAGACAUGCACGCGAAAUGUAACGAACUGCUGGUCUGCUUGCUGCUCAGAGGCACUCCCCUCAAGGAGCUCUACCAGGUCUUUCGACACGGCUUGGAGAACCUGACGAUUCUGCGGCCUCGUCGCGGCCCGGCCCCUUGGCUGCUAAUAUGCGUCCCGAAUUUGUUGGGCUCGAUUGACAAUCCGGCGGACAUCGUGACUUUAUCCGAGGAUAAGGCCGUCGUCCUUGAGUUGAACGUUAUGAGGCAUCAGCCUCAGCCCAACUGGCCUCAACUGAUGAAGGUGAUGUCGAUGAGCAAUCACGUUGUGGCGAGGAUGCUGCUGAGGAGCCUGGUGCGUCAAAACGUCGGCGUCACGUGCGUCGACGAUAACGACGCGUCUGACAAAUCGAAGAAGGACCAGCUGAGCUGCGGCGGUUUCCUCUGCAGCGGAUCGUCGUGCGAUAAAUCACUGAAAAUAACCUCCGCUCUGACGCUAUACAGUUUAUUCCAUGUGCUGGUGGUAACUGUUAACGAGCCGGAGCACAUAAUUAUACCGGCGCUGAAGCAGGAUCUAAAUUGGUCCAAUUAUCUGGAUAGACAACAGGUCUGGAAUCAAUCGAGACCGCCGUGGCUCAAUGCGUUGGUAAAGCCGCUGAAGAUCAUGAUGCAGCCGAUAGUCGAGAUGCUCUUGGAAGCCGCGAAAACAGGUGCCAGCAUAUAUCAGGCGAUGUCCUUGGCGAUCGGCUGCUUCGCCGAGCUGUACGUGACGGCGUCGAGUCCCGUUUUGCGCGCCGCGUUCGCCUUGAACGACAACAUCCCCGCGCACUGUCGGCCGAUCGGCGGCAACGUGCUGCUUCAGGUUCUCUGCGCCGCCCUAUAUUCCACCCUGCUGGACGUGUCCUCGAGGGGCAGGAGCGAGCCCCAGGGUACACCGAGCUCCUCGGACACGAGCUGCUGUGAGCUCAGCCCCUUCAAUCCGUACGACAGAUCGACCGCCGCCACGGCGCUCGCCGAGGCGAUUUGCAGCAUCGACGAGGAUAACAAACACACGGCGCAGAUAGACUCCUUCCUGCUGCUCGUGAAGGAGAGUCUCAAGAAGGAAAAUGAAAAUCCGAGGAAUAGCGAGUUGCAGAACAUGACUUGCGUCAUCGAGACCUACACGGACGAGUUGCUGUUCACGAGCACCGGGCGACGCUCUUUGAAAAUCGUGUAUGAAUAUUUAAUCCGAGCGUCCGACUGGGUACUAAGUAACUUACGUCGUGACGAGAAAAACAGACAGGCAGACUUGAUUAAUCUGCCGGAAGUUUCGCCCGUCGUGAAACCUCUUACACACAUAAUGUUCCACAUCGAGGAUACGUGCUUCGAUCAGUUUAUGGCUAAUUACGAGGCGACCAACUGGUCGAGAGUGUUGACGAUGCCGCUGUCGAUUACGUUGGAGCGCGUACGCAGUCAGGUUCUCCUACGACCGGAAUUCAAGAACAUCGGCGAUCUCAGCCACGAAGACAGGGAAGUGGCGCAGUCGAUCAAACGGAUUUGCUCGUUCGUCAGAUCGGCACGUUUUAAGUAA